UCUCGACGCGCAACACCUUUCCUCGCAGAUACCUACACUCACAACUACGAGGGGGGAGGUGGUGCACCUGCAUCGCAUUCGCAUUCGUCGCGCUCAUCGAGAAGGCUAGCGCGCAAUGGCUCCCAAACGCACACCUAGCGCUCCAUCUACGCCUUCCAAGAAGCUGAAGGCUGGCCCUACAGCUUCUCCCUCAUCGCCUAGCAAAGGUCAGCCAAAGCUGGCGGCAUUUCUCGCCAGGAGCACUGAUCAAGCGGAAACGGCAAGCCAAGGCUCGAGCACCCAGAUCCAUGCGCAUAUAUCUGCAAGCGAUGCUGCGGAGGAGAGCGAUGAGGCGAUGGCGCGCCGUUUGCAGGCGGAGUGGGAUGCGGUCGACAGCGCAAGCUCGCAAAGGGUGCACACAGAGGGGGCGCCCACGGCUGCCAUGAGAGCGUCGGAUGAUGCUGCCGGUGCGUCGUCUAACGAAAAGACGCUAUGUUUUGGCGACGAGCCAUCAUCUUCGUCACGCGACGCGGAGCCGGCAAACUUGUCGACCCCGGCUUCUGCCAGAUUCGACAUUGAGCGCAUGCUGGAGCACAUUCAUUCUCUACCCCUCGAAGAGGAUCCUCUUUCCUUUUCGGCAGACGUGGAUGUGAGCUCUUGGCCCGUCACAGAGGCCAAAGCGGGGCGCAGCAGCACUUUGCAGGCCGGUCUUCCUCGAGCACCGUUUGCGCUCUUUGCCAGAGCAUGCGAGCUGCUCAGCGCCACGCAGUCCCGCAUUCUGAUCCUCGCAAUCUGCACCAACACCAUCAGGCUGCUCAUCCGACACGACCCUGCAGCGGUCGGACCUGCAACACUGCUGUUCAGCAAUCAUAUCGCGCCGCCACACGAAUCCAUAGAGCUGGGGGUUGGAGGUAGCAUCAUCAACCAAGCUAUAAAGGAGACGACGGGAGCCUCACCACGUUUGCUCAAACAGCUAUGGGACAAGUGGGGCGAUCCAGGCGACGUGGCGUUCGAAGCGCGCAAGGGCGUACGAGCUCUCGUACAGCCCGGUCCUCUCAUCAUCACCAAAGUGUUCGAAUCACUGUAUGCCAUCGCAGCAAUGUCCGGCUCUGGCUCGCAAGCUUCAAAGAAGCAAAUCGUGACCAAAUUGCUGGUAGCUUGUCGCGGAGAGGAGACGCGCUUUCUGGUACGGACUCUGAUCAGUCACCUUCGAGUCAGGGCAGUGCGCACCACGCUCGCCAGUGCUCUUGCGCGCGCUUUUGCUCUAGAUGGUGUGGCGUCUGCACAUCAGACAAGCAUGUGUGUUGGCGUGGCAGAAAGAGAGGGUGUCAAGACUCGAGCGGUGAAGAAGGAGCGGUCAGAUAGGUGGGAGAGCGUCAUGUCAAAGCUCGCUCGAGCUGAACGGGUCGUUCGAGAGGUGAGGGCAAGAUGUCCUGACUUUGGUCGCAUCGUAGCUGCACUGCUCAGCUGCGGCAUUGAUGAGCUCAGCCGGCGAGUUCCCCUUGCAGUUGGCACUCCACUAGCACCGAUGCUCGGCUCCAUCACUCGCUCGCUGCCAGCCAUGCACGAAAAGUUGGGCGAUCGAGCAUUCGUGUCUGAGUUCAAGUAUGACGGACAACGCGUCCAGAUUCACUGCCAAAAGUUUGACACGAGCGAGCUGGUGGAGGCUAGGAAGAGGCUCAAAGGCGGCAAGGGAAGGUGGGUGGGAGAACAACGAGAAGUUUUUGUGCGUCUGUUUUCGAGGCAUUUGGAGGAUAUCACCGACAAGUAUCCCGACUUGUGCGAGAUGAUGCCGCUGCUGACCGGCGCGUCGUGCGAGUCACAAGUGGGCGCAUCGAGCGCACCUCGCGACGUCCAGUCCUUUGUCAUGGAUGCUGAAGUCGUCGCGCUCGGACCUGCGUCGGAACUCUUGCCAUUUCAAACAUUGGCUUCACGAGGUCGCAAAGAUGUCCAGCUGGAUGCCGUCAAGGUUCGCGUCGGCAUCUUUGCCUUCGACUUGAUGUAUCUCGACGGUGCACAGCUGCUGCGCAAGUCCUUUCGAACAAGACGCAAGUUGAUGCAAGAUCGACUGGCGCCUUUCAAUCCGACCAAUCCCAAACUAGCUAGGUUUCUGCACGUCCAAAGUAGCGAGAGCACAGAUCCGGAUGAGGUCAAGGCCUUUUUCGACGAGGCUCGCAACUCCAAAUGCGAGGGGAUCAUGAUCAAGUCGCUAGAUCAUCAUUGGGAGAGCGACGUUGCGCUGGAAAUGCUUCAAGAUGAUGUGGGAGAGGAAGUCACGCAGGAGGACCUUGAUCAGCCUACUUUUGAGAAUGACGUGGAUGUUGGCAAGGGCGUGAAUGGACGCGGCAAGGCCUUGCUGAGCAGUUACGAGCCCGACAAGCGCUGCGAGUCGUGGCUCAAGGUAAAAAAGGACUACAUCGAGGGUAUUGGCGACACGUUGGACCUUGUGCCCAUUGCCGCGUGGCACGGCAUGGGACGAAAGAAUGAAUGGUGGUCUCCAGGUGAGGCGCGCGAGGUGGUGGGGUGCGCGCGCCGUGCUGAUUGGCUUGGUCUCUCUUUAGUCCUGCUGGCGACGUACGACAAAAUGACUGGACAGUACAUUGCGCUGUGCAAAUGUAUCUCUGGUUUUACAGACGCAGAGUACAAGAGCAUCAAAUUUGAUCGCUUCAAAGAGGAUGGUGGAGCUUGCUACAGCGCUCGAACGGAAGACUGUCGUGACGACUAUGACACUGGAGGACUCUUUCCAGAUGUGUGGUUUGAGCCGAAAGAGGUCUGGGAGAUUCGAGGUGCGGACAUUACCCUCUCACCAGUCUACACUGUAGCAAAGGGACAGAUUGCGUCUGAUCGAGGUCUCUCGCUUCGAUUUCCGCGCUUUAUCAAGCGGCGAGACGCAUCUGACAAGGGCCCAGAGGAUGCUACGACACCGGAGCAAGUUGCGCACAUGUAUCGUCAACAAAAUCACGCGGACCAGCGCGCUGGUGAAGAGGAUGUGGAGGAGCUGUAGAGGCACGUAUGUGAGGAUCGAGGAUGGGCGCGCACAUGUAGCGGCUGUGGGAGCAUGGGCGCACGCGAGGAGGGAGGCUAGCGCAGGGCGCGCCGCGCUCCGAAUCAGCGUCGACUCGAGGCAAGACCGGGAGAGCCGUCGAUCGCACCCGAGUCCAACUCAUGUGCCAAGCACUCCACCAUCCGUCCGAUGCGACGAGACGUGAAGAAGAGUGAUGGCGACUUUAAAGGAUGUGAAGAGAAGAGAAGAGAAGAGAAGAGAAGAGAAGAGAAGAGAAGAGAAGAGGAAUCGAAAUCGGGAGAAAAGGGGG